AUGCCAGUCCAGCACCCCUCCUCCUGGUGGUGUCGCUGGAACGCCCUGCGCGGAACAAACGGCACCUUCAUAUCGCCUGCCCAAGUGCCCGUCCCCGACCUAACAGGCAAAUGGAUCAUAAUCACGGGCUCCAACAACGGGAUCGGACUCGAAGCAGCCAAGACCUUCGCAGCAGCCGGCGCAAACCUCAUCCUGGCAUGCCGGGAGCCCCCAGCCUGGGAGACACAUCCGGCCGCGGCAGCCGAGGAAUGUGUGGAGCUGGCUCGGACGAACGGACACACGGAGUCGGUGGUUGAAUGGUGGGGGAUUGAUAUGGCGGACCUGAGCACCGUCGAGGCGUUUGCGGAGCGGUGGCUAAAUACCGGCCGGGCGCUGGAUAUCCUGUGUAAUAACGCGGGGAUGAGCGCGACUGCGUCGGAGAGGCCUGUUUUAACGGUAGAUGGGUUCGAGGUCUUGCAUCAGGUGAACUUCACCUCCCACGUCCUCCUAACCCUAAAACUCCUCUCGUCUCUCGCCAAAGCACCCGAGCCCCGAAUCAUCUGCACAACUUCAUGCCUGCACUACACCGGCCAAUUCGACCUGGAGCACUUCAACGGCGAACCCGGCAUGGCCGGCGAGCCAUACGGGAACAACAAGCUGUACUACCAGACCUGGCUGACAGAGCUGCAGCACCGGCUCCUCGCAAGUGAAAAGCACAAACACAUCACGAUCAACGGCAUGCACCCGGGCUACGUCAAUUCGGGGAUCUGGAACAACCCGCGUCCGGAAAUCAGGGAGACGGGUCUGGAUCGCUUGUACCGGAUCUGGAAGUUCAUGGCGGGGUAUUUGGCGAUCUCGCCGCAGCAGGGGAGUCUGGCGAUUGUGUAUGCGGCGACGAGUGGGGAGUUUGGAGCGGACGCUAAGGUGCAGGGGGUUGGGAGUGUGGGGGGGAAGGGAGGCGGAGGCGAUGCCGCAGUGUGCUGA